AGAAACAGCACUUAACAUGCACCAACUUCCGAUAUAAUCCGUGCCUGACAACCCCACCUCCAAUGCAGCUCAUGUACCCAAAGUCAAGCACAAACUAUACCCUUCAACUCCGCAACAAACCCAUUCCCUCCUCCAUAGUAACCGUCUUUCCCUACCAGAAUGACCGUCCGCGUCUUCAUCUACGGCUACCGCAAGCCCGGCCUCUCCCUGUCCACUUUCCGAGAGCGCUACGAAGCACACAUCGAUCUCGUGAGACGUAUCUCCGGCGAAGACUUCCCACUCUCGCACCGCCGUACCUAUAUAGCUCGCACAACCGUUGAUACCCCACCUGCUGGGGCGACGGCCCGCAACGCCACAACCCCGGCGACUAUCCUUCAGGGCCAGCAGUCGGACUUUGACUUUGAUACGACGGCUGAAUUGACCUUUGCUGAUCAGCCUUCUUUCCAGGCUUUUAUGGCUAAGGUGACGGCUCCUGAGGCGGCGGCGCAGAUUGCGGAGGAUGAGGAGCGGUUCUUUGAUCGGAAGAUGCUGAGUUUUGCUAUGAUUGGGGAGGUGGUGGAGACGAGGAAGUAGGGGUUGCUUGAGUGGUAAACAG